UUCUCACGAUUCUCGUUCUUCUUUUCCAGGUUUUGCUAAUUACCCAACGUUACAGGUGUGUGACUAAUUCCUGCUGCUCGGGCCAAUAAGCAAACCUAAUAUGACGCCGCUGGACGUCUGUGAACCAUAUGGUCAACAUAUCUGUUAAAUCAACUCCGCGUGAAUAUUGGAUUGGAUUUGUGUUACUGUUUGGUCGUCGUCUUUGUUUUUCUUUUUCUUUUUCUUUUACAGUGAAUCGUUUGAGACCUGCUAACGUACUUGUUUAUCUGUGUAUUGACGAUAUUCUUGAAUUAUGUGGAAUAUUUCAAAUAUGUUACCGUGAAUACUGGACAGAAAUCCUUUGAUGUGAUUAAUGUAAAAUGUUAUAGCCGAUACUCCUGUUGCAUGAAAUAUUAAUGAGGUAUUUCAAUUACAUGAAAUCAGAGGACAACUCUUUUAAAUACAAUAAUGUCACAACACUGUGGACGCGCGUUUCAAUAACAUAUUCUGUAAGACAAUAGAAACGAUGCAUUUUUAAACUGCAUUUCAAAAACCCUGUGUUUUAUAGACUUGAUAUGUUUGAACACAUAUUUCAAUGAUGGGACACAUGUUUUAGGCAUGCUCUGUCACAGAAUUGUGUGAUUUACAUUCCGGCCAUUUCAAUUGUUUCUGUUUUGACAAGACGUGAUACCAUCUAUCAUCAGGAAACAUGGAGAGCGUGGCUUCUGAAUAUUGGAACUCUUCCCUCUCCUUGGAGAGUACGACCGCCAUGGUGGACACCAUUGUGGACCCGGGCGUUCUUCACCUGCAGUACAUCAGGUCACAAAUACAGAACUACUAUCUGUGGGUCAUCUUCGCCCUAGGUUUCCCUGGCAACUGUGCUACCAUAGUGACGGUCAUUCGGAUGUCUCCGCCGAGGUCGCUGACGGUCUACAUCGUCCUCCUUGCCGUCGUGGACAAUCUGGCGUUGAUAAACAAGAUUCUGAUCAUAGCACUGCUGGUCGACCUCAAAGUCCAGAUCGGAGACGUCGGUUGCAGAAUGUUUGGAUUCUUCGGGAACUUCCUCGCAACGUUCGCUAACUGGCUGCUCGUCGCCAUGUCCAUCGAACGAUUCGCGGCCGUGUGGUUUCCUUUCCACGUGGGUCAGUGGUGGACGUUCAGGAAGUCUCUGGUUGUCCUGGCGGCGGUGGCGGUGCCCCUGAUCGGUCUCUUCCUGCACUACUUCUGGACGUUCCACUUCGUCUACGACGCCGCCUCCGGCAGCGUGGCGUGCGUCCAUUACUACCAGUACGUCGCCUUCAUCUCCAUCUUCGAGUGGUAUAACGUCGCCAUCUACGCCUUCAUCCCGUGUUUCCUUCUCCUCGUCUUCAACAUCCUCGUCAUCCACGGAAUCAUCCGGUCGACGAAGAGCAGACGAUAUCUCAACGGCAGCAACGGGUCGGGGUCCGGCUGCCUCCUUCACCAGCGUCAGGUGACGAUCAUGCUGGUGACGGCGGCCAUUGUCCUCCUCGUGUUCACGACUCCUCGGUGCGUUCUGCUCAUCCUCGCCAACUACUGGAAGCCAGACCCAAACACCAUGGAGCAUGCGUGGAAGGAUCUGGCCGACCAGAUCUCCUUCAUCCUGUGCGAUUCCACCCACGCCAUCAACUUCUAUCUCUACUCGCUGAGCGCCAAGAAGUUUCGUUUCCAUUUUUUUGACCUCGUGAUGUGCAGGAGGACUUCGAUGGCCCACAGCACAUUCGUCAUGUCUUUGUCCUCUCGACCGUCUGGACGUAAAACUCCACAGUUGCGAUCUCACCACGACAACGGUAACACCGUCCACUUUCCCAUUCUGUCCACGGACUCGCGGAGAAGCAAAGAGGCUGCCGUGGACGAAAACAAAGCGGACGAGAGCAGCAAAAUGUUAAAGGACCAGGCUCUUGUGAAACGCGAGCCAGGCAAAACGAAUGUCAAGUGGGGCAGGGUCUGUUUCUGAAGCAAUAUCAGAUAAAUGCAUUUAAAAAAAUAGCUUACAAAAUAAUUGAGGGACAGACAUAAAACUUAGACUAUAGUCAGUCAGUGUGGUUUUUAGUCAUCAAGCCGAAAUGUGGACUUAAAGGCAUAUUGUCACAGACCACUGACCUAUUUAAUGGUCUAACAAAGUAUUACCGUAACAAAAAUAAUUUGAUUUGUUUCUAAAUGUACUUUAUUGAACCAU